AUGCACCCCCUGAAUAUCGCCUAUCUCCAGGCCAAAACCUCCCCAUGCCACGGAGUGGCUCACGUCAGUGCGCCUGCAGCGCCCCUCAUGGUCGAGCAAGGCGAACCCGAGACAGCGGGGACUGUCGGUGGAAAGAAGGCCUGCGGCAGUCUCGGGGGGGAGCAUGCGCGUUGGGCGAGCAACAUCGCAAUGAGUUCGCGGACUCACGGGGACCCACUGGUGCAGAACUUCGGUGCCAUCCACGAAUGCGAACCCCAGUCGUCAGGAGCACAAACUGUCAAGACGCGGAUCCUAGGGCCUACAGAGGAGACUCUUAGACUAAGAUGCGGCUCUGAUGACCGCGCGGUGCUCACACCAGCUAAAGGCAACCGGUUUUUCCCAGACAAGGAUCAUACGCUUGCCGGGGAGAGCCUAAACAAUGUUUGUGACGGAGCUACCUUAGUUCCCUCCGAAGGUAGCACUCAGCCGAAGACGUAUACCCUAAAUGUCGGUCGUCGAGGGAGAAAACCCAGAGAUUUGUACUACAAAUGCACACUUGCCACUGUGUCACCAUGGGCAGUCACCGCUGGAGAAGGUCAUGGCGCUGGUGCACAACAGAACACGACGAUGAAAACAUGCAUCCUGGAAAUAAAAGUGGAGGCAGAGGAACCUCAAGGACCGGAGCCGAAGCCAGCCAAGGGAUAUCAUGCAAAGCCGAAAGCGAGAGGGGGCAGCAGCAUGCAGGAAGCUUCGAACCCCGAUGUCAUCAAGAGAUGUGACCUGGACGAUACAACUACACCAGAGAUUGAUCUGACUCUUCCUCUCGAUGCUCCCAGCGUGAGCUUCAGCUGCGGGAAAAAAGGAAGUGCGGCACUAAAGCCGAAAGCAUCAGAGGCGAAGUUCUGUGCCGAUGCCGCUUGCGUAGAAGGAUUGGCUCUCCGCGGGUGUUCAUUGCGCGGCGCUGGGUAG